AUGAUGGACCCUCCGUGCCUGGUGGCUGGGCGAGAAUGCAGCCUGGAGGUGCAUUUCUGUCGCGAGGUGGUGGUCAAAAAUAUGGAAGUGACGAGGGACGGGGAGUCAGUGAACGCCAGGAGGCGCCAAACGAAGAAGGGAAAGAAGAUAAGGCUGUCCAUUCCCGCCAACGAGGGCUGCAGGGUCAGCGUGGGCGUCGCCCGUCCGGCGUGCCCCGAGGCCAUGACGCCAUCGGUGGACGUGUUGGCGCUGCCGCGGGAAGCUGCUGAGGAGGUGUGCCAGCUGUUCGAGAGGAUGGUGGCGGGCGUGCAGAGAUGCGGGGGGGAGGGCCCAGCGCCGGAGCUGUACGGGGACCAGCAAGAUGUGAGGGUGCGGACGCGGCGAAGUGCGACUUUGCGGGAAUUUGGCAGAUGCGCGACGUCGUGA